GGCAGGGGGAGGGGGAGCGGCAGUGUAGGAUCAGAGGAGGAAGCAGCAGCAGCAGCGACUAGGAUGGCGGAGUCACACCUCUGAAGUAAAUAUAGACCUUUGGAGUUUGCAUCACCAAGGAAUUGAAUCCAAAUAUCCAGGAGUUCUGUGCUGUUUCAAGCAUGUGGUCCAUCAAUGCCACAAUCCAUCUUCCUGCCACUCAUGACCUGUUAACAAAGGAAUAAGGAUCAAGUACCGUAUCAUUUGUGUCUGGAGGUCUUCUCUUGAGAUAGUCAUAAAUGUGUGGGCCUUCACAAGGACGUUUUCUCUCCCAGCCGCUACGGCUACCUUUGUCCCUUUUUACCUGAAUAAGUUUCCUCACAAGAGACUCCCAUGAGUGACUCUGUAGGAGGCUGGAUAACGUCGCCAUGAGUAGUACUUUAGGUAAAGAAAAAGAUUCAAAAGAAAAGGACUCAAAAAGUGGUCCCACUGGAAAAGAAAGGGAAAAAGAGGCCAAAGCCCUGGCUGGUUUAACGAAAGAUGGAGGCAAAGACACCAAGACCAAAGGGAAAGAUACCAAAGAAGGAAAGAAGGACACUAGCGGCUCCACCCUUGGUGUUGCCUUCUCUGUUGACAAUACAAUAAAGCGACCCAACCCGGCACCAGGUACUCGCAAGAAGUCCAGCAAUGCUGAGGUCAUUAAAGAGCUUAACAAGUGCCGCGAGGAGAACUCUAUGAGACUCGACCUUUCCAAACGGUCCAUCCACAUACUGCCCACCUCCAUCAAGGAACUGACGCAGCUGGCUGAACUCUACUUGUACAGCAACAAGCUGCAGAGCCUGCCAGCUGAGGUGGGCUGCCUGUCGGGUCUGGUCACAUUGGCGCUGAGCGAGAACUCCUUGAACAGCUUACCCGAAUCUCUGGACUCGCUAAAGAAACUAAAAAUGCUCGACCUCAGGCACAACAAGCUGAGAGAGAUUCCCGCAGUGGUCUACCGGCUGACGUCCCUCACCACCCUCUACCUUCGAUUUAACCGAAUCACCACGGUGGAGAAGGACAUCCGGAACCUCUCCAAGCUCACCAUGCUCAGCAUCCGCGAGAACAAGAUCAAGCAGCUUCCUGCAGAGAUUGGGGAACUUUGCAGCCUCAUUACUCUGGAUGUGGCUCAUAAUCAGUUGGAACACCUACCGAAGGAGAUUGGAAAUUGCACACAGAUUACAAACCUUGAUUUGCAGCACAAUGAGCUCCUGGACCUCCCAGAGACUAUAGGCAACCUUGCCAGCAUAAACCGCCUUGGCUUGAGAUACAACCGGUUGUCGGCGAUUCCGAGAUCAUUAGCAAAAUGUCGUGAUUUGGAGGAGCUGAACCUUGAGAACAACAAUAUCUCUGUGUUGCCGGAGGGUCUCCUCUCCAGUUUGGUCAACCUCACCAGUCUGACUUUGGCGAGGAACUGCUUCCAGUCGUACCCUGUUGGAGGACCAUCCCAGUUCUCCACCAUCUACUCCCUCAAUAUGGAGCACAAUAGAAUCAACAAGAUCCCUUUUGGGAUCUUCACUCGGGCCAAAGUGUUAAGCAAGCUUAACAUGAAGGACAACCAGUUAACAUCUCUGCCUCUAGACUUCGGGACAUGGGCGAGUAUGGUGGAGCUCAAUCUGGCCACCAAUCAGCUAACAAAGAUCCCGGAAGACGUGUGUGGUCUAGAGUCACUGGAGGUGUUAAUAUUGUCCAAUAAUCUUCUGAAGAAGUUACCACAUCGUAUUGGAAAUUUAAGAAAACUGAGGGAGCUUGACUUGGAGGAGAACAAGUUGGAAUGUCUACCAAAUGAAAUCGCUUAUCUUAAAGAUCUACAGAAACUGGUGUUAACAAACAAUCAGCUGACCACAUUACCCAGAGGCAUCGGCCACCUCAACAACCUGACUCACCUGGGUUUGGGAGAGAACCUGCUCCAGCAACUCCCAGAGGAAAUUGGCACACUGGAGAACUUGGAGGAGCUGUACCUCAACGACAACCCCAACCUGCACAGCCUGCCGUUCGAGUUGGCGCUCUGCAGCAAGCUGUCCAUCAUGAGCAUCGAGAACUGUCCUCUGAGCCACCUGCCGCCGCAGAUUGUGGGAAGUGGCCCGUCUUAUAUUAUCCAGUUCCUCAAGAUGCAGGGACCCUACCGUGCCAUGGUCUGAGCCCAGAACUCCUUCGUCCCAGUCGGACUCUCCCGACUUCUGCGGCGCUGCACCCUGUUGCCUGCCUGCCCUGUUCGCGUGUGUCACACACUCAAAAGGAAUCGGACUCACUGGAGUCCACGACGGGGCGCAAAGAAGAGUUUCAGGAACAGGACAUGUCUUACCCAUCAUGAGCUUAAGACACUUUCCUAGACUCUUAUUAUCGGGGUCAUUUUAGGACACGCCCACUCUUGCUUAUCCUUUCAUUCCAAACGCACCAUAGGAAAUAUUUUCACCUAUUUGCCAAAAUGCAUAUAUUUAUAUAUAU